CGCUGCGACCACGGCUAGCUAGCUGCGACUCGGAUCUCGGUCGUGGUUCUCGUAUGUACAGCCGUCGACGCGUCCUGCCGCUAUCACGUCCUCGCCACUCCACUCCACACCACCCCUCCGCGCCGUCUCCGCCCGCGCACCCCGCGGAUUCGCCACCCUGUUUCCACUUUACUUCACUGUAUCGCACCCUGUACAGCUCUCACCCCCAUCGUGCCGCACGCAGCACUCCUCAUCACUUUCCACUACUCCCAAAGCACCCUGCACGCCCCGUGCAUCUCUCGAUCGCCAUCCAUCCACCUAUACUCGUAGUUAUACGCAAAGAAGGUAGUAGUAUCUUACUAUACUUAGAUCUUAUCCCUCGCCGCGCCGGGCGGAGCCACUGGCUCCUAUCUCCGUCGCCCUUGUUUCUUAUUAUGCUACUACGCACCUCGCACGCACGGUAUCGCCUGGCUGGGCUGGGUGGCUGUCCUGCUGGGUUAAGUCGGCUGCGCUCUACUUACUCGUCUUAG